AUGGGCCAAGUGACGGUGAACGAAGCGAUUGCGCUCUUGUCCUCUGACAAGCUGAAAGAGCGCACUGAAGGAUUGGAGAAUUUGAAGCACAUUCUCCAGCAGAACAAGCGGAGUCCGAAGCUAAAUGCCUUGAAUGACAAAGCCUGCCACAAAAUCUUCGAAGCCCUGUUCCGAUCAAGCGCUCGAGGUCAGUCCACAUCCCGUCUGCCACUAUGUGCAUCUGUCCUUCGCAUCGCUGUAGAGGUGUCUCUACGCAAUCUCCGGACGAAGUCUGUCCACGCCGUAAUCGAUCACAUUAUCCAGACGAUAACGGAGCCCGGGGAGGGACUUUGGGAGGUCCUCGGCAAUGAUUAUGUGAAGUGUCUCAGAUCGUUACUGGAGUACCCGCCUCAUGUGGAACAUCUGGGAGAGAAUGAAUGGCUCGACACCGUGUCCUUUUGUUUGCGGUGUCUUAGUCUAAUCGAAAACGAAGGAAACCAGUUAAGCAUCCGAACUAGCCAUCAUUCCUCGUCAGAAAUCCUGGAUGUCAGUAGUAGUCGAUCAACUCCCGUGAGGACAUCGGGUCGCACUGCCACGUCCGCAAGUUCUCAUGUCAACAAGGGCAUUGUCGAAGAGGUUGUAGUCUGUAUCCAGCUGCUUACUGCCAGCGCCAACGCCCCUGUUCAGGAAAUUGCCGGAAGGAUACUCAGCAGUCUUUCGGAGUAUCUGGCGUCUUCUCCGCAGCAUGGAAAUGCUCAUCAAGCAGCUUUUAAGGCAAUUAAUGCUGUUCUGAUGAAAGUUAUGUGUGACCAAUGCUCUCUUGUUCAAGAUUUCGUCCUGGAGAUUAUACCCGUAAUUCGACGGCUGUGGACAACCAAGUUGUCCGGUUUAAAAGAUGAGAUCCUAAUCACCAUUAUGAUUUGCAUGAACCUUCUGCGAAACAGCGCUCAAUUUUCACCGGCGGAGUCAACUGUUGAGUUACUUGAAGGACUGGUUGACGUACUUCUCUCGGAGUAUGUGAGACGCCCGGAGAGAGAAGUCUUGCAAAUCGACGAUCUAGUCUUCUAUCAAAGCACUUUUCCGGAACGAGACUGGCAGGUUUUUGGACCUCGUCUUGGAAACCCCAGAUCUGAGCACAAUUGGGCCGUCGUUUGGGCAAUUGCCUCUCUUUUGGCAAUAUUAGAUGAUGUAUCUGGUAACUCACCAGCAGUUUCCGCUGUCAACGAUAUGCCGAAUAAGAGACCGCGUCUUAUGUCGAGAAUAGACGACAUAGUCCGCGAUUGCAUUUCUUCUUCCGGCACUAGGAAGGCUUGUGCUCUGCAACUGCUGCCAUUUCUUGAGCAUCGAAUAACAAUCGAAUCCAAAGCAUCCCUCCUUGAACGCCUGGCAGUGAAUAUAAUGGAUGAUAAUGCAACGCUGGCAUCUUGGACGUUGUUGGCAAUCUCCAGUAUUGCGAGUGCCAAAGACGCAAAAUCGCACCUUCUUAAGCCUUAUUGGCAGCAAAUAUGGGAUCUAGCUUCUCGAGCGUCGGUUUCCCAUGUCACAUCAAGAGCAGCUUGCAUUCUAAUGGAGACGCUUCUCCGCUUUGAGCUCCUAGACUAUUCUGAGGUUACGGAAACAAUAAGGUCGAUGCUGUCGGCCGUGGAUUUGAAUGGUCCUUCUGUCCUCUGUGACUCAUCUCUGAUGCUCUGGGCAAGAAUUAUGAAAAUGCGUAUUCACACGGCUGCUGGUCUCGGAUUGGACGCAUCGAAGCAAAUCUGUAACUGGCUGCGUGGGCUUUGGACUAUCGGCACGAUCAGUGAUAAGAUACAAGCUGCCCAGAUAGCACUAUUUGCACGUCCAGCUAACAUUCUCGACCUUCUACUCUCAUGUACCAAUAGGUCACCAUCACCCCGGAGUGUUCAGUUUCGGGGACCAGCAGGUCCGAUCUCCAGGGCCUGGUUCCGCUACCAGCAAAAUCGGGACUUGACUGAAUAUCUUUUUUCUUUCGACGAUCAUUCCGUUCUUAAAGAGAUCUGGCACGGCGAAGAGACAUUCUUGUCCUUAGAGUCAUCUUUUAGGAGCGACCCAAACGACGGAAUCGUCAUAGAACUGCUACAAGCGAAGACAGAGGCCUUUUCUCAGGCCUGGAGAGCAUUGUGCGAAGAGAAAACGCAUCAUGUAACUGGUGACGUAGUCCAGAUACUUGCAUCUUCAUGUGCUGUGACGGCGAUUUUUAUUGAAUGUCUUCCCCAGCCACAUGGCACUCGAAUACAGCAAUUGCGAAAAAGCAGCAGACGCUUGUGGCAGGAGAUAUGUGAAUAUGUUUCAGGAAGAGAGGACGCCACUGUUCAAGCUUGCUUGGAUAUCUUGUCGCCAAUAAUCUCUUCGGCUCCGUGCUUGAAAGAUCCUGAUGAUCCUGUUUCAAGAGCCCUGGAUGAUCUUGCAUCUCCGCUCGUGGGGACUCUUGAGGAGCGUCGACAGGCUCAGGAAUCUGAUCCAUUCUCUUUGGAGCCCGAAGCAAUGGAUUUGGAUGAAGCUCUUUCUAUUCGGAAUGAGACCCUGGUGCGGGAUUCCGUCAUCGGUCUGAAUCGUGAAAAUGUGCCUAUCUUUUCCGACGUUGCUGCCUUUCAACGCUGUCUUACGAUACAGCUGUCGAUUUUCCAUCUUGGCGGUGCUCAUGGCAGCGAAAAUGGGGACUCAGUGCAGACGUCGUUGGUUAGCUACCUGAGAACAUUCAACGAGACGGACGCUUUGUCUGCGCAGAAUCUCCUACCAAAGAUCUUCUCUGAUUCAUCUGCACUGACUCGCACAGACGUCCUGGAUAUUCUGGAGCACUUUGCCGAGAUAUGUUUGCAGUCUUAUCAACUAGAGCGUUGUGAAGGUGCUCAAUGCCUCUGCAUAAAUCUGAUGAAGUGUUUCGUGGAUUUUUGGACAACUGAGGGAAGGGAUCAUUUAUACGAUUCGGCAUCGGAUUUAUAUACAUGGUUCAUCCAGGUGUUUUUGGGGAAGAGAAAAGCUUCUCCCCGAGUUCUCGUUGCACUUAGUGAACUCCUGGAGACGGUGAUCAGUUCUAACCCGGCGUUUUCGAUGGCUGACGACGGCCCUUCAUCGCGCACAAGCUUGUUCCAUAUUCUCCAAAAGGGGGAUAUGUCGGUAAAGUUCAAUGCUGCGAAACUUAUCCCCAGUAUAUUUGGUCGAUUCCUGCUAAGAGACCAUGAAGUCAUAUUCGAUGACGUUCUGGAAAGCUUGCCUACGGAUCCCGAUUGGAGUGAAGGCAUAGCUUUACGAUUGUAUGCAUUAGCCCAGCUAGCCUCCCGUUGGCAUACUUUGCUCCGCAGAAGUAUCUACCAUAUCUUUGAGACUCCUGGCCAAGUACCAGAAUCUGCUCGAUACGCCAGAAAAUGCCUACGAGAUGUUUCAAAAGCAUUGGGAUUACGAGACGCAAGGGAAAUAUUCCAGCUGUUUUCACCGCAGAUCCUGUACACGUGGACUGAAAGUCAAUCGAUAAAGUCGAUGCCUUUUACCAUAUUUGGGUAUUCGAGCUUAAAAGAGAUGCUAAUAGACGCGCAAGAUGAGCUUGUCGGCCAGAUCAUGAUGCGUGCAAAUGAACAAGAUGCAAUCGAGCUUUCCAAAUGUCUCGGCAGAUCCUUUACAGAUCUUCUGACCGAAUCGUUCCACAAGGCUGAGGCAUACACAAUAGCUCGUGAUAUCAGCAUCCCUCCUUCACAAGAUAGUCAACCAAAGGGAGUGGAGAGUCGGAUAAAGAAACAACUUGGUACAGAGCAAUUUGUGAGAUUGGUAGAAAUGAAGUUUCCCGAAACCGUCGCGACGCUAUUCAAAUCUCUUAGUCAGGAAGGGCAGAUCGAGAGGGCCUUUGCAAAGCGUUCAAGCUUUCGUUUUGCUGCUGACACUUUGCGACGUAUCACAGAGAAGAGCGCCUCAAGUGCGCUUCUUCCGGCUAGUCAACAGCCAUCAUUUAGGGCUCGUUAUCUCCUGGAUGAACUCGAAUUUCUUUGCAAACGAGCCGGUUAUGAUCUCGAAACAAUGUGGACGCCAGCGUUGGUGUCCUUCGUUUGUCGAAUGUUGUUAGAGUCGAUUCAUCCUGCGCUUGGCUCGCUCUACGCUUGUUCUGUCCUCAGGAAAAUACGGAUACUGGUGUGUCUCGCCGGUCCCGUUAUUGUUCAAGAUUAUCCUCUCGAACAGCUCCUACACGCUCUCCGGCCUUUCUUAACAGAUUUUCACUGCUCUGAAGAUGCACUGGGUUUAUUCUGGUAUCUUCUCGAAGCUGGAAAGCCUUAUCUAACUGAGCGUCCGGGAUUCGUCGCGGGAAUUGCAGUGUCGACGCUUGUGUCGCUUAGAGACUUUCUCUCUUCGGUACCAGAAAGCACUACGCAGGAGAGCCAAUUCAGGACUGUGCUGUCAAAGUCUCAAGAAUUUCGCGAAUGGUUCGGCGACUUUCUAGAAAGCUAUAAGCCGUCUAACCUCAGCGACGACGUGGAGCAAUCCUUUCGGAGAAUGAUACGAUCGUCACAGAAGUGCAGUACGGCGGGAAAUGCUAGAAAGGGGACCUAUGAGAGUGAGCUUUUGCUCGAACUACUGCAGGACAGAUCAUCUGGCCGCAAACUCUUGAAUGAUGCAGCCUCAGAUCUGGUUCUGUCCCUCCUGUGUAGUGGUUUCCAAAUGCCUUCCGAUAUUCGCAAUGAUGUCCUAGGAGAAGAUGAGGAUGCUGCCAAAGGCACAGUAGCUGUGUGGCAGACUAUUCAGAACGGAAUCUCUGAAAAGGAAUAUCGGUUAUGGGCUGCUCGAGUAAUUGGGCGAGCCUAUGCCGCAACUGGACAAAUCAACGACGAGUUACUUCGAGAACAAGACACUGAGCUGUUCAAAGCUCAUUCUCAGGUCCAGGUCACGGAUCCUUUUCUUGCGUCUAAGGUCACAAUUCUUCAUAUUCUCUGCGGCAUUUUAUCUAACAGCAAUGGUCCUCAUUUGGGACUUGUGGAAAGAACGCUGCAGCUCAUCGUCAGCAAAAUCGCCAGCUAUCCGGACCUUGAACAGUGCGAACAGGCAAUACCGCCUCCCCUCCUGAAGGCGCUUGUGUGGGCUCCAUAUCACUGCCCUGACAUACGUCUUUCGCCCUCUGAAAUCAGUGACGGUGGGCACUGGCCAAGCUGGGACCCCAAGCUGCCUGCCGCUCAGUGGGCGCGUGAUCUUGCGUUGUCACUAGCAGCUGCAGCUGAAGAUGAUCCAGUCAUCGGGCCACUAAGAAAAAUCCUCUACACCGUUCCCGAUCUUGCUACACGGCUUAUGCCGUAUAUCCUCCAUGACGUGCUUUUGUCAGAGUUUGAGAGUCAUCAAACUUCGCGCCAGAAAGUGUCUGAAAUAUUCGGAGAAGUACUGCAGAAUGUGGAGGAAACGACCGUUCCUCAUGCACAGAUAGUCAUCAAUACUAUUUUGUAUCUCCGGAAUCAACAGAAACCACAUGAAGCGACAAUCGCUGAACGAGAUGACUGGCUCGACAUUGACUACAGCCAAGCAGCUUCAGCGGCGAGCCGAUGUAGGAUGUAUAAGACGGCCCUGCUCUUCAUCGAAAUUCAAGCGUCUCUGUCAGCAAGCGUGAGUCGUCGGUCAUCCAUGGUGAAAUAUAGCCCUCCUCCAGGCUUGCUUCAUGAUAUAUUUAGAGCAAUUGGUGAUCCAGACCUCUUCUACGGCGUCGAGCAGGAACCGACCCUGGAGUCGGUGAUGGAGAAGCUCGACUACGAGAGUGCAGGAUACAAAAAUCUGGUCUUUCAGAGUGCCCAAUACGACAGUGACGUGAGAUUGAAGGGCAAUGGUAACACUUAUGGGAUCAUUAAAGCACUCAAUGCGACGAACCUUCAAGGCGUUGCUAGCGCUAUGCUUUCUGCUCCUAGCAACUCCGGGGGCAGAGCUGCUUCACUCGACUCUCUUCUGUCAACUGCCAUGAGUCUGCAGCAGUGGGAUAUUCCGGUCCCUCCAUCACAUCCGUCAGCGACUGGUGUCCUUUUCAAAGCUUUUCAGAACCUGAAUACGUCAGGGGAUAAGGACGAGGUUCUGAUGUUUAAUAAUGAGUGUUUCCUGGAGAUUCUAGAUCAUCUCACUGACAAGAAUCGAUCCGUGACCUCGCUUCGGGAUUCUAUGAGAGCCCUCGGCCUACUGACCGAAGUCGACGACGUCCUACGUUCCACGUCUUCAGAGCAAAUGGAGGAAAUGUGGGAAAGGAUGACGUCUCGGAAAGCCUGGCUCCAGGCUGAAAGUUUCCAGGACAUUGCGCAGAUACUCUCCUGUCACGAGACUCUCUUCUCAUCCAUAAAGAACAGGGACUAUUUGAAGUCAUCAGCAAAAUUGACGUCUCGGGACGCACAAUUGUUGGAGGUGAAAACUAUAAGGGAAUCUUUCAAAAUUAGCAGAGAUCACGAGGGUUCUCAGGAAUCAUUGAAGUCUGCUAUCUCCCUCUCAAAACUUGUGCAGCCUUGUGCUGCGCUGGGAAUCAACAUUGAUGGAGCAGCGAAGUUUGACCUAGCGAAUGUUCUCUGGGACCAGGGAGAGAUGACCACGUCAAUACGCAUGCUUCAGCAAUUGAACGAGAAGAAUGACCUGCACAAGCAAACUCUCGCAGUGAGCCGUGCCGAGGCCCUUGCGAGCCUGGGACACCAUGUUGCGGAAGCACGUCUGGAGAAGCCAGAAACUAUUGUUCAGGAGUAUCUCGUUCCAGCAGUUAAGGAACUCAGAGGGAACUCUGAAGGCGAAGAGGCCGGUCGCGUUUUCCACCGGUUCGCGAUGUUCUGUGACCAGCAAUUGCAGAAUCCAGAGGGCUUGGAAGACUUUCAGCGCGUCGAGCAACUCCGCGAUCGCAAAGAGAAGGAAGUCCAGGCACUUGAGAAGAUGAUGGAGGCGGCCGAGGGCAAGGAGAGGGAAUCGCUUAAAAUGCACCGGACCAAGGCGAAGCAGUGGUUCGAUCUGGACGACCGCGAGUACCAACGACUGAAACGCAGUCGCGAGGCUUUUCUGCAACAAUGUCUCGAGAACUACCUUCUUUCUCUGAAGGCGUGUGACACGUACAACAAUGACGCUCUUCGCUUCUGUGCCCUGUGGUUGGAUAAGUCUGGUGACCCCAAAGCAAACCAGGCGGUGUCUAAAUACAUCGCGCAAGUUCCCAGUCGAAAAUUCGCACCCUUGAUGAACCAAUUAUCUUCUCGUCUGCUCGAUGUCUCCGAUGAUUUCCAGGCUCUGCUCUCCGCCCUGAUAUUUCGGAUAUGCGUUGAGCACCCGUAUCAUGGCAUGUAUCAGAUAUUUGCCAGCAGCAAGUCCAAAGGUGGCAAAGGCCAAACGUCUCUCUCGCGUUAUCAGGCGGCAGGAAAGCUGGUGGAGAAGUUGAAGAAUGACCGGCACGCAGGCCCGACUUGGGUUGCGAUUCACAACACCAACAUCAGCUACGUGAGAUUCGCUGCCGAGCGGUUGGACGACAAAGUCAAGAGCGGUGCAAAGGUGCCGCUGAGGAAGCUUGCUACUGGCCAACGCUUGGAACAGGACGCGACGACCCAGAGGCUUCCGCCUCCGACGAUGAGGAUUGAGCUUCGCGUCGACUGCAAUUACAGUGAUGUCCCGAAGAUUGUCAAGUUUAGCCCAGAGUUCACCGUCGCAUCCGGUGUCAGCGCACCGAAGAUUGUCACGGCUCUUGCCAGUGACGGUUUACGCUACAAACAAUUGUUUAAGGGAGGUAAUGAUGAUCUGCGACAAGAUGCUAUCAUGGAGCAAGUCUUUGAGCAAGUCAGCAAUCUCCUCAAAGACCACCGCGCCACUCGGCAGCGAAAUCUCGGGAUCCGGACGUAUAAGGUGCUGCCGCUGACGUCGAAUGCCGGUAUAAUCGAGUUUGUUCAAAAUACCAUCCCCCUGCACGACUAUUUGAUGCCUGCGCAUCAGAGAUAUUACCCCAAGGACAUGAAGCCAAGUGUAUGUCGCAAACAUAUCAGCGACGUCCAGACACGGUCCGUGGAACAGCGGAUCCGAACAUUCCGCCAGGUGACGGACCACUUCCAUCCCGUGAUGCGAUACUUUUUCAUGGAGAAAUUCAACAACCCGGACGAUUGGUUCAGUAAGAGACUGGCGUACACGCGGAGCACGGCGGCGAUUUCAAUGCUGGGCCAUGUUCUGGGGCUUGGAGACCGCCACGGUCAUAACAUCCUCCUCGAUGAGAAAACGGGGGAGGUGGUCCAUAUCGAUCUCGGGGUGGCUUUCGAACAAGGCCGCGUUCUCCCCGUCCCCGAGGUUGUUCCCUUCCGCUUGACCCGGGAUCUGGUAGAUGGAAUGGGCAUCACCAAGACGGAAGGGGUCUUCCGCCGGUGCUGUGAGUUUACGCUGGAAGCUCUGCGGCAGGAGUCGUACAGUAUCAUGACGAUACUCGACGUGCUUCGCUACGAUCCGCUGUACAGCUGGACCGUGUCUCCUUUGCGAAUGAAGCGAAUGCAGGAAGACCAGGAAGCGGGCGACGGGCCCCCGGUGCUCAACGGCACAGGGGGCAAGAGCAAUGCCAACGAACCAAGCGAGGCCGAUCGAGCGCUGACCGUAGUGGCCAAGAAACUGAGCAAGACCCUGAGCGUGAGUGCGACGGUGAACGAGCUGAUCCAGCAGGCGACAGACGAGAGGAACCUCGCCCUGCUCUAUUGCGGAUGGGCUGCUUACGCGUAG